AUGGAAACGGUCCCUGAGUCGUUGAAUGUUAUCGAUCCUUUUGGUGUAUUGGAUACACCGCUGGAAGCAAGAACAUACAUGACGGGAAGGCAAUACAUUCAACUCACAUAUCAUUUGGGGGAAAAGCUCGGAAUAAAGAACGUUGACCACUACUUCAAUUUACCAGUGGGUAGUGAAGGUAGUGAAACGGAAGGCACAGCUGUGGAAGCAGAAAUAAGUCCUAAUGAUGACAUUAGUUGCCUACUUGAUCAACUUGUUCAGAACGAGAGCAACAGUGACGAUGUUUCUCAGUCGAAUGUCACGUCCAGUUUCCUUUGCAACCCACCUUUGUGUGUUCACUUUGUACGUGAGGGAGCGAUGAAGGCGAUUGGGAAUCCCAAAUCGCUUCCGACAGUUGCCUGCAAAGCAGUUGGAGAGAAACUUCAAGGACCACCACAUGUGCAUUGCCUUUUCUGCCUGCAAACCGGCGAUACUGGUGCGGAUACGGAUACUAACAGCCAAGGUCAACCCUAUGUACAGGCAGCAGACCUUCGCCAUUGCGUACAGGGUCACUUCACAGAACAUAUGAAUAGGCGUAAUGCAUAUCUAAACUUUUUGGAGGAAGGGGCCGCCACUCUGCCAGAGGCACGGCAGGAGCUUCUUGAAUGUUCUGCGGAUCGUGAGGGGCGGCACACGUGCUUUAUUGCGUCUGCAGGGUCGGCUGCAUGUCCUGUUGUUGUGUCGUACUGCGCGGCAUGUGAUCAAAUGGCGCCACUGGCAACUUUCCUCGAAGAAGAGGAUGAAUGCACAUCAUGUGAGACUGUGGAGCAACGACCGAAUCGUAGUGGAACGAGGAGUGUGGAAACUGUGGAGUUGAUUCUCGCGCGGCUGCUGCUUGCCUGCGAGUUGCGGGUUAUGUUGACGAAGGAACGAGGCGCGGAAGGCUCCGGAAACAUCUCUCUCGUGCAAGAAGAGUCGUACAUAUUUAUUGCAACUCCUUUUCUUUUCGGUGAGGAGGAGGAAGAAUUAUCUGAGGAAUUUGAAACUGGUGCUGAUCUGACACAUAGUAGCGUGAUUCUUCCGGCAGCCACUGUGGUUGAAACCGCAAAAGGACCCUGCCUAUGCUUACUGAAAGAGGAAGGUGAAGAGUUGCUGCAGCUUUUGACUGAAUUGCCACCGUAUCGGAUUAAUCAUGCGGUUGUUGGAUUUGUUAUGCAGUGGCAGAGUGCAUCUGCUGCUGACGAGAGGAUCACAUGGGCUCUUGACCAAGGCAAGAGAAAAGGAUACAAAUUUGGGGUGCAAAGGCGAUUAGUGUAUGUGGAGGAUACAGAUGAGUGGGUUAUUGCGCAUGUGUUACACAAUCCUGAGGUUUCGCCUUCGCACGGCCGCAGUGCCGUCGAUAGCGAGCGCUCGUUCGGCGACGUUCGUACACGUGAAUUGUGCACUAUUACGAAGAUGAUACCGCUAUCACUUAUGGAACAAUUCAUACGUGGCGGACGCGGUGAAGAUGAUGGAGCAAAAAAUAAAUGUGAAGACAGGAGUAUAAGUACCGACGUAGAAGUGGAGGACUGUCCAUAUGGAAUGGAAGCACGGACGAUUAACUACUUUGCUCAGAUGACUGCGCUGGCAAAGGCUAUGAGCUUGGCUACAUCUUUCAUGUGA